CGGCGAGAGAGUGAGAGGAGGCAGGGGAACCGGAAGCGGUGCGAGUGAAGCCGGAGGGAAGAGUGUGUGCCCGCUUCUCCCCCCAGCUCUGCCCGGGCCCAGCCGCCGUACCUCGCGGCCAGGUGACAGCUGGGCCCGGCCCGCCGUGCGCCGCCGGCGGCGCGAGGAUCGCGGGGCGCCCCUCCCCCGCGUCCCGUGCCGAGCAGCCGCUUAGGGUGCCGCCGGCUGCGUGUCCCUGCGAAUCGUCCGCCUCGGGGACGUUCUUGAUUGACUCUGUGGUCCCAGUCCGCUGCCCUCCCCACCCUAUCGCGGGGCCGGCCGCCGCUCCGGCCCCAGGAUGCAGAAUGUGAUUAACACGGUGAAGGGAAAGGCGCUGGAAGUGGCCGAGUACCUGACCCCCGUGCUCAAGGAAUCAAAAUUUAAGGAAACAGGUGUAAUCACCCCAGAAGAGUUUGUGGCAGCUGGAGAUCACUUAGUCCACCACUGCCCAACGUGGCAAUGGGCCACAGGAGAAGAAUUAAAAGUGAAGGCCUACCUACCAACAGGCAAACAAUUUUUGGUAACCAAAAAUGUGCCAUGCUACAAACGCUGCAAACAGAUGGAAUAUUCAGAUGAAUUGGAAGCUAUCAUUGAAGAAGAUGAUGGUGAUGGGGGAUGGGUAGAUACAUAUCACAACACAGGUAUUACAGGAAUAACUGAAGCAGUUAAGGAGAUUACAUUGGAAAACAAGGACAGUAUAAAACUCGAAGAUUGUCCAGCAAUGUGUGAAGAGGAAGAAGAGGAAGAUGAAGGAGAAGCUGCAGACAUGGAAGAAUAUGAAGAAAGUGGAUUGUUGGAAACAGAUGAGGCUACUCUGGACACAAGGAAAAUAGUAGAAGCUUGUAAAGCUAAAACUGAUGCAGGAGGUGAAGAUGCUAUUUUACAGACCAGAACUUACGACUUAUAUAUCACCUAUGAUAAAUAUUACCAAACACCACGACUAUGGCUCUUUGGCUAUGAUGAGCAACGGCAGCCUUUAACAGUUGAGCACAUGUAUGAAGACAUCAGUCAAGAUCAUGUGAAGAAAACAGUGACCAUUGAAAAUCACCCUCACCUCCCACCGCCUCCUAUGUGUUCCGUUCACCCAUGCAGGCAUGCUGAAGUGAUGAAGAAGAUCAUUGAGACAGUUGCAGAAGGAGGGGGAGAGCUUGGUGUUCAUAUGUAUCUUCUAAUUUUUUUGAAAUUUGUACAAGCUGUCAUUCCAACAAUAGAAUAUGACUACACAAGACAUUUCACAAUGUAACGAAGAGAACAUAGAAUGUAUCCUAAUUAUUGAUUCUGAUUUUUAAAGAAUUAACCCAUAGAUGUGACCAUUGACCAUAUUUACCAAUAUGUACAAUUUCUCCAAUAAAGGGAGUUAUAUGUUUAUGCAUUAAAUAAAAAAGUUCCACUACUAGCCUUAUUUGUUUAAUAAAAAUGAAUGUGAA